AUGUUCUUUCGAUCAACGACGCUUAUUGCCGCCACGGCAGUCAUCCUCUUUGCUCAGUCAUCCUUGUCGGCUGUGGUCUACAGGGCACCGUCCGAUCAUGUCCAAGUUCUCGAUACACAAGAACUUGAGGCUCGGACGGAGUAUAUCAACCCGGGCAAUAACACCCAGCUUCUAGAGGCACGAAAAGGAGCUGGGGGUGCUCUUGGCGAUGUCGUCAUGAGUAUCAUCACUGGAAUACAAGACGGCAUAAACGCAGACAAAGACGCGCGUAGCAAGUUCACUUCUGACCUCGUUGGUCAAUUACACGCCAAGCAACCCAAUUUCAACUGGAUUGUAUGCCACACCAAGCAUGACUACAAGUGGGAUGGCCAACGGGGUGUCGACUGGGACCAUAGACACCAAGAGUUUGAUGUCAAGAUUGGGGGAACGAUCGGAUAUGAGAUCUAUAAUGCUAAAUCUGGGCAGUUCUUCCGUAAAGGUGAUGGAGGUUACCUGAACUGGGCAUACAUUGGCAACGUUCUCAAGACGGAGAAUAACGGGAAAGAUCUUACGUUCGGCAAACCUUAG